GGUGCGCGCGCGCGCUGCCGCGGGGCGGCUGCAACGGUUGUAACGGCCGUAACGGCCGCGGUGUGCGGAGGCGCCUCGGAGGGAGCAGCCCUGGAGGAUGUGGCAGCGGCCGGGUGAGGAACGUGAGGCGUCUGCGGCCGGCCCGGCCCUUCCCGCUCGCCGCUCUUCCGUCAGAGCGCUGUGAGGCUGCGGCUGUCACGCAGCGUUGCCCGGCGCCACGCGAGCGUCUUCCUGCUUUUCUUAUGGGUUUUGUGUCUCCGUAUUCAGGACCUUCUGCUCACCCUUCCCUUUGUUGCCCGUUUCCUCAAGGCACAGCUCGAGCAGGCUGGAAAAGUGACGCUCUGAAGGAAGGUGAGUGAAGGACGCUGUGUCCCUCUGUGCUGCUGCUUGCAUGUCUGAGGUCUUCGGGAUCAGCCUCUCAUUGCAAGGAUCUGCCCAGAAGAAACUCUGCACGCGCCUUUUGCUCCUCAUGUUCAGCUAGCUCCAGGGCUGAAAUGAAUUCUAGAUUGUCACUGGAGAAAGCCUGUAAGUUCAUGAGACGCAGUAACAUCAUGGUGGAUGUGGGAAAGUGGCCAAUAUUUACCUUACUGUCACCUCAAGAAAUAGCAUCUAUUCGGAAAGCAUGUGUGUUUGGUACAUCAGCCAAUGAAGCUAUAUACACAACGCACAAUGAUGAGGUGUUUGUUUUUGGACUGAAUUGCAGCAAUUGUUUAGGAACUGGAGAUAGUCAGAGCACAAUAGUACCAAAGAAAUUAGAAGCCUUAUGUGGGAAGAAGAUUUCCAGUCUCAGUUAUGGAAGUGGACCACACGUUCUACUUUGCACUGAAGAUGGUGAAGUGUAUGCUUGGGGACAUAAUGGCUACAGCCAGCUUGGGAAUGGUGCAACCAAUCAGGGCGUUACUCCUGUUCAAGUCUGCACAAAUCUGUUACUAAAGAAAGUGAUUGAAGUAGCUUGUGGCUCUCAUCAUUCCAUGGCGUUAUCGUUUGAUGGGGAUCUAUAUGCUUGGGGCUAUAACAACUGUGGUCAAGUUGGAUCAGGAUCUACAGCAAACCAGCCAACUCCUCGGAGAGUUUCAAACUGUUUGCAGGAUAAAAUGGUAGUUGGCAUUGCUUGUGGUCAGACCUCCUCCAUGGCUGUAGUAAACAACGGUGAGGUUUAUGGCUGGGGUUACAAUGGUAAUGGUCAGCUGGGUCUUGGGAACAAUGGCAACCAACUAACUCCAUGCAGAGUGGCAGCAUUACAUGGUGUGUGUAUACUCCAGAUUGCCUGUGGCUAUGCACACACACUAGCACUAACAGAUGAGGGUUUGCUCUAUGCCUGGGGAGCUAACACUUAUGGGCAGCUGGGAACUGGCAAUAAAAGUAACCAGCUAAGCCCUCUGCAGAUCAUGAUGGAAAAAGAAAGGGUUGUGGAGAUUGCAGCCUGCCACUCUGCUCACACUUCAGCUGCCAAGACGCAGAGCGGCCAGGUGUACAUGUGGGGCCAGUGCCGCGGCCAGUCUGUGGUCCUUCCCCACCUCACUCACUUUGCCUGCACUGACGAUGUGUUUGCUUGCUUUGCUACCCCUGCUGUCAUGUGGCGUCUUCUCUCAGUAGAGCAAGAAGAUUUCUUAACAGUAGCAGAGUCCCUGAAGAAGGAAUUUGACAGCCCAGAAACCGCAGACCUAAAGUUCCAAGUGGAUGGAAAGUACAUCCACGUUCACAAAGCUGUUCUAAAGAUCAGGUGUGAACACUUCAGAACCAUGUUUCAGUCCUACUGGAAUGAGGAUAUGAAGGAAGUGAUAGAAAUAGACCAGUUUUCUUACCCUGUGUAUCGUGCCUUUCUCGAGUACUUGUAUACAGACAGUGUGGACCUUCCGCCUGAAGAUGCAAUAGGGCUUUUGGACUUGGCUACUUCAUACUGUGAAAAUAGACUGAAAAAACUGUGUCAGCACAUUAUCAAGAGAGGGAUUACUGUGGAAAAUGCAUUUUCAUUGUUAUCUGCUGCUGUCAGAUAUGAUGCAGAGGACUUAGAGGAUUUCUGCUUUAAGUUCUGUGUCAACCACUUGACUGAAGUGACACAAACUACAGCGUUUUGGCAAAUGGACGGCCCCCUGCUAAAGGAGUUCAUUGCUAAAGCCAGUAAAUGUGGAGCCUUUAAGAACUGAAUUGAGGCUGUAAGUGACGGGCAUCUGUAGGAUGUUUUGCAGAUGUAACAGGUCGGUGUAACUGCGCGGGUAAAAGCAUUUCCUGGUCUCUUGAAGCAGAAGCUGUGGAAGGCCACAGCAAAAUAAAUAUUCUCUGUACUCAAGAUGGAACUGCUGUAAAACUGUCAAGCAAUGUACUUGCAUUUAGCAGAUCUGGAUGGAGGAACUACCACAAGAGCUCCGAAGGAAAGAGUAAACCUGCAGCAUCCCAGAGACACCAGGUGACGUUAAGGACUUUUAGGCUCUGAAAUCCCAUUUCUAGUAUUGCCUAUUCAUAUUUUAAAUUUACUGUUUGAGGCGCUGUCCUUUGGGGGCUCAGAGCCCCUGAAUGAAGUCACUUAAAUCAUUAGCUCUCUGGGUUGUAAAGAGCCAAAGGGCAUGGAUAUCUUUUAUUGCAGUUGCAUGACGUGAAUGAAAUUGCUGGUUGCUUCGUGUAGUUAACCAAGUGUAUUCAGUGCUUAGAGAAGUGUGCAAAAACAAUGCAUCCUCGAAGCUUGCAGAAGUAACUCUGACAAAAGUAACUCUGAAGAGAGGGGUUGCUAGCAGAUCUAGUUGGAAGCCAAAUUCUAUGUUUGGGUAUAACUCAAUAUAAGUUGUAAUGUAUACUUUGUGUAAUCUGCUUAAGUAAUAUUUAUGACAGCUAAUGGGAAGAUUCCCCACUUUGACUUCAGUUAAUUGAUUCCCUUAGUGGGAAAAGAAUACACUGUUCUGAAAGCAUUUGUUUCUUUUUUUUUUUCAAUUAAGUAUUGUAUAAAUUUAAACUACAUGCAAUAAAAUUCACUUUUUUUUAAUAA